CAUUUCCUUAUAUAAAAAUGAACAAAACUAAGAAUAGAGGACUAGCUAGAAAAAUACUGAAGUCAAUGGCUGCAAAGGAAUCGACGAUCCAGAAAGCCCUUUUGGCUCAGAAAUUAAAGCAGAAUAUAGUUAGGAAGAACGGUCUCAAGCGCGAAUGGACUUUUGAUGAUAUAACUGAUUACUUGAAUUCUAUCUCUCCAAAUAAACCAAAGAUCUCGAUGGAACAAGUUAGGAAUCUGUACAAUUCCCUCUGAACUCAAGACUAUCAGAAAAAUAAAGUCUGAAAUAAAAUUGUUGAUCAAAUGUUCUGUGUUGGCAUUAAGAGAGUCAGUGACUUCCUUGAAAAGACGAAAAUAUCUCAUAGGAAAAAGACUUGCUCAGAUCAUACCAGGUUUGAAAAGAUUAUUAACGAUGAGGCCAACACUGAAGAUGAAGAGAGGAUGGAACAAUGAACAUUCAGGAAAAUUCAUAGCCUAAAAGAGGGUGGUAUCGGUCCUGAUUCAAUCCAAAGCUCCAAAUUAGAACUUGGUAGUCGGGAGGAUAUAACAACUGUCGGAACUAGCGAGAAGAAGGAAAGUACCUCUCCUAAUAAAAUAUUUACCUCGGAAAUUCAUCCAACAGUGCUGGAGGAAAAGAUGGCUGUAACAGACUCCAGCUGAAAGCAGGACGACAUAGAUACCCAAGAAGAUCUGGUAGAUUUCCUUAAUUGCAAAGAAAUCCAGGGGUAAAAAUCCACCCAGUAGUAGCAUUUAUGACCUGCUCAAUUUAGAACACAAGGUGACUCUCAGAGCCUAGCUUAAUUUUUAUUAAAUAUUGCUUCUUC